AUGUCCAGCUACAACUCGGCCAAGUUUCAGAAGUUCCUCGACCAGUCGCAGUACACCGCCGCCGGCGUCAAGCGCUACGAGUGGAUUUUCGGGCAGACCUUCCUCAGCCCGGGCGGCCUGAAGGUGGUGAAGGAGCUGAUUCCAAAGCUGGGCCUGCAAAAAGGCCAAAAAGUGCUGGACAUUGGCUCCGGCCUGGGUGGACAUGACUUUUACAUGGCAGAGACCUACGGGGUGACCAUCGACGCCAUUGACCUCAGCGAGAACAUGAUGAACCAGGCGGUGGCGUACUACGACGAGCGACCGGCCAUUCAGGGGCUGAUCAACUUUCGCCUAGCGGACAUUUCAGUGAUUGACCUGCCCGAGGCGAGCUAUGAUGUAAUCUACAGUCGAGACACGUUGUUGCACAUUCAGAACAAGCCGGAACUGUUCAAGAAGUUCAUCAAGUGGCUGAAACCAGGCGGGCGGAUUGUCUUUACCGACUACGCUAAAGGCGAGGGCCCCUACACGGAUGAGUUUCUGGAGUACGUCCGGCAGCGAAACUAUGAACUCUUCACAAGGGCUGACUACGAGACACUGCUGAAACAGGUAGGUUUCAAAGAAGUCCAAGUGACGGAGAUCAAAGAGAAGUUCAUCGAAACAUUGCAAGGUGAGCUGAAGAAACUCUACGAGUGCAGGGAGGACUUUCUCGCCAAGUUCACCCUUGCCGACUUUCAGGCCAUUCAAGAGGGCUGGCUGGCGAAGAUCAAACGAGCCACUGAUAACUGUCAAACGUGGGUGCUGGCCAUUGGCCACAAAGAGGCGUAA